ACUGCAAGGCUGGAGCAACGUGCAGUCGGCGUGCAAAAUAUUCCGGCUUACUUCACACUGACGAACAUUAACGCUUGGUUUUUGAUAAUUUCAAGUUGAUAGUAUUAUAUUGCACAAGGGGAGCGUUUAGUGUUUACUUCAAGAUACUCAGUAGCUUGAACGGCGUUGCACUGACACAGUGACAGGCGUCAAGCAUUGACAUUUACUUCGACUGACUGAUUAUAAAAUUUGUCAAUUAUGGAAAGUGAAGGCAGCAAGGAGGAGCCAGAAAGGAUGGAGACUGCAGAAGACCAGUCUGAGUCUGAUGAAUCAAGUGAUGAAGACGAUGAGCUGCAGCAGCAAAUCACAGAACUCCGGUCGGAGGUGGAUAAAAAUCCCUAUUACUAUGAUGGUCAUGUGAAGUUGAUUAAAGUCUUAAAACAGUGUGGGGAACUGAAGCAAUUACGAGAAGCCCGUAAAGUUAUGAGUGAACUUUUUCCACUGACAGAAGAGAUUUGGACUGAUUGGUUACAAGAUGAAAUUCCACUGAUCUCAAGUGAUGAAGAAAGAGUUAUGGUAACCAAGUUGUUUGACAAAGCUGUACAGGAUUAUCUUUCUAUUCCUCUGUGGCUGGAGUAUGUUCAGUUUUCCAUUGGAGAAAUGGCCAAAGAAGGAGGCAUAGACCAUAUAAGAAGCACAUUUGAAAGAGCUAUUACUGCAGGUGGACUUCAUAUGACAAAAGGGGCAAGUCUCUGGGAGGCUUACAGAGAAUUUGAAAACGCUAUUCUGAGUGGAUUACAGCCAAGUAUUGGCAGCAUACCAUCACCAGAGCAGCAGUCCCAAAUUGAAGAACAAAUCAAUCGUAUUAGCACCCUGUUCAAGCGUCAGCUGGCUGUACCACUUAUGGAUAUGGAAGAUACAUAUGAGGAAUAUCAACAGUGGGUCUCUGAUGACAUUGAUGUCCAGACACAAAAGGCAUAUGAGAAAGCUGUGGCAAAGCUGAAAGUUUUAAAGCCAUAUGAAGAGGCAUUGUUAGCAGCAGACAUCCCAAGGCUGGCAGAGUACCAGAGUUACAUUGACUUUGAGGUGACACAGUCCGACCCAAGUCGUAUCCAGUGUCUAUUUGAAAGGGCCAUUCAAGAAAACUGCCUGGUCCCAGACCUCUGGGUUCAGUACACUAAGUAUUUGGACAUGGAUUUGAAGAUCCCAUCCCUAGCUUUAGAAGUGUAUGAAAGAGGUGUGAGAAACUGCCCAUGGUGUGUUGAAUUGUGGACUGGCUACCUACGGGCUUUAGAAAGAGCAGAGAGACCACAAGAAACUAUAAAAGGGUGCCUGAAUAAGGCAUUGUCUGUGGGCUUCACUCAAGCAUCAGACUAUCUCCAGCUGUAUACAGCCUAUUGUGAUUAUCUGAGAAGGAAAAUAAAAUGGGAAGAAGGGAAUAUACAGAAUGUAGAAGAAUUCAGAAAUGAAUGUGAAAAAGCCAUAGAUUAUUUAUACACAGCCUUUGGUAAUGAUGGUGACCCCCUCUGUACUCUUCAGCAAUACUGGGCAAGAAUAGAGGCAAAACAAUGCAAGAACAUGGCUAAGGCUAGAGAGCUGUGGAAUCAGGUGAUGACUGCUGGCUUUGGAAACCAAGCACAAAUGUGGAUGGAAUAUUUCAAUUUAGAAAGAGCACAUGGUGACAACAAGCAUUGCAGGAAGUUAUUACAGCAAGCUGUGAACUCUGUGAAUGACUGGCCUGAGACAAUGUGUGAAACCUACAUUAACUUCGAGAGAGAAGAAGGUACCCUAUCUCAAUAUGAUAUUGCAGUGACAAAGUGCACAGCACAGCUGAACAGAGUGAAGGAAAGAAGAGCAAAGGCAGCAGAAAAGAAAGCAUUUGAAGAUACAAAAAAGGACAGAAUGGAGAAAAAGCCAGGGAAAAGGCCAGAACACAAACCACAGAAACCAAGAGGGGGCCCGAAACAGCAGGAACAGCAACAGAACUUCCAACCUAUUCCAACGGUGCUAGACAAAAAGGAACCAAAGAGACCCAUUGGACAGAAAACAACAGAGAAAGCCACCCCAUCCCUUCCAUCCAAAGAACCCACACCUAAUGUGUUCAAAACUCCACCUCCUCCCGGGUACAAGCCCAGACAGACAGAAGUUGAGGAGCCACCCUCGAAAAGGAUGAAAACAUUGGAAAAGACUGAAUCUCAGAUUUCUCAAGAUGUGACUGAGCAUGGUGCCAAUGAAAGAACAGUCUUUCUUAGUAACUUGGCAUAUUCUGUGGAAGAGGAUAAAAUCAAAGGCAUAUUUAGUGAGUGUGGUGAAAUAGUUGAUGUCCGCCUCAUCAAGAACUUCAAGGGUCUUUCCAAGGGCUAUGGCUACAUAGAAUUCAAGACGUCCAGGUCAGCAGAAAAUGCCCUAAAAAAGGACCGACUAUCUGUGGAAGGGAGGCCUGUAUUUGUAUCUCCUUGUAUGGAUAAAGACCACAAAACUAAACAAUUCAAGUUUUCAUCCAGUAUGGAAAAGAACAAAUUAUUUGUGAAAGGAUUACCAUUUUCUGUGACGGAGGAAGCAUUACGCACCAUCUUUGGCCAACAUGGCAAAUUAAAAGAAAUCCGCCUGGUUACUUACAGAAGUGGAGCACCAAAGGGACUUGCUUAUGUUGAAUAUGAGAACGAGGCUGAUGCAGGUCACGCAGUACUGAAGACAGAUGGGCUUCAUAUAGAAGAUCACACCAUCUCUGUGGCCAUAAGCAACCCACCUCAAAGGAAAGUGCCGGUGAAAGAGAGAGAGACAAGCUCAUUUAUUGCUUCUUUGGGCGGAGGGAAGAAAGAAACAACAGAGCGAGGCAAAGCAAGAACACAGCUGUCCAUGGUGCCCAGAGCUCUUCAGUCCUGCGGUGCGCCCAGCAAGCCAGCAGCAGCUGGGAACAAGGCAGACACUUCUGCCAGAGCCCCCAGUGAUAAUCCCGGUGAACAAAAACUCAGUAAUAGUGACUUCAGAAAAAUGCUUCUCAAGAAUUAGGCCUCUUCAUGUGGAAAAAAGUUUUAAAAGUACAGAGAUAGGCCUGGACAGAUAUGGAGGAUAAGGUGUUGUCCAUCCAUCCAUCCGGCC